CGACUGCGUGAUUCCGUUCGUGGGAUCACGUCAGGUAGCUUACGAGUAGCCUGUUGAUAUGCAUUACUACUCAGUCCUCUUUUCGAGUUAAACGUGUUGCAGCUAGCCCGGAAGACCCUGAAUAGCUUUCUGGUAUUCUAUUUUUCUCAAAAGAUCAAGCUGAUCUACGCUGCACUCGUUGUCGACAUGGCGGAGACCAAUGGGAUUGUGGUAGGCGCCACAGGUCAUCCCGCCACACCAUCAAAUGCUGGAGAAUUCUGGAUAUUCGGUUACGGAAGCUUGAUAUGGAAACCACCUCCACAUUAUGAUAGACGAAUUGCGGGCUGGGUUACUGGCUACGUGAGGCGGUUCUGGCAGGCGAGCCAAGACCAUCGCGGAACACCUACAGCGCCCGGCCGCGUGGUAACGCUCAUCGAACGUUCCUUUUGGGCGUCUUUAGCAGAUUCGCAUGACAGCGCGCCUGAGAAGGUUUGGGGUACAGCGUAUCGCAUCAAGGCCGAACAUGUGACUGAGGUUGCCGAGUAUCUGGAUAUCCGCGAGAUCAAUGGGUAUACAAUCCACUACACACCGUUCCACCCGGCCGAUGGCUCAGCCCCCAUUCGCACGCUCGUGUACAUUGGGACACCAGAAAAUGACCAGUUCGUCGGACCUCAGGAUCCACAGGCCCUUGCCGAGCAUAUCCAGCGGAGCGAAGGCCCGAGCGGUUUGAACCGCGACUACCUCCUCGAGCUCGAGAAGGCACUAAACCAGCUCAGCCCGGAAAGUGGUGAUUCCCAUGUCACUGAUCUGUCGAACCGUCUUCGCGUCAUUGAGCGGAGGAUCCGAAGCGGUGAGGCGAAGGUUGCAGUUCAUGAACCUCCAGAGUCUAUCUCCCAUGAGUUCACAAAAGUGAGCAGUGUAGAAGAACAGGAAGAAACUGAGAAGGUGUAACGGGAGAAGGGAGGUGACAUAGGGUUGUACCAUAAGAGAUAUAAUGUGGUGUUGAUCAUGCGCCAUAGAAGAGACAAUGUACAAG